AUGGCGUCAUACUUCGACCUCCCGCCGUCCCAGAAGGCCGCGCCAGCUGCAAGUAUAGAUCAAAUACCUCAGGACCAGCGCAAGCAAUUGGGCCGUAUGAACAGCUUAAUGUCCCCGGCAGUCACACAGAUACUGGAAGGCCUAGGCGACGAACACUCAGACAGCAGUAGCAGCGAAGGGGACCUAUCCGAAGAGGAAGACCAACGUACCACUCAACACACUAAGAAAGCACUCGACCCUCAACGGUUGAGCCAAGACAAACAAAAGCACGUCGCUGCCCAGGCGCCUCGACCUUCAUCCUUAUCACCAAGCAGGAGUUCCCUAAAAUCGACCUCGAACAAAAGCUCUGGUCACCACAAGUCACCUUCGGCCCGUAACAGCGGAGACAGCUCCGCAAAACCUAGGCAAAAGCAGCCGCACAUGGCGCGAUUCCAUUCCCUUCGCAGCAUACUUUUUCAGCAAAGAAUUGAGGACCAGAUGAAGACUGUUACACAGGAAGACUGCGAAAAGGAGCAAAAUGCAGCAGAUAAGUGGCGGAAUCAGCAUCAAGAACGCCAGAUGCAUCGCACAGGGGCGCCCGAGAAGGAUGCAUCGGGAAAGAAUGGCAUCGGAAGCAGAAUAAAGAUGACAGUAAGAAGGAUGACAACAAAAGAUGCUGGCAAUAUGGAGAAAAUCAGGGAAGAUGGCGCACCGGUUGAGUUCAAUGAUCGCGCAUCAACGGCUUCUUCAGAUGUGGAAGAAGAACAAAGGGAUCGCCAUGAGAGUGAUGAGGAAAGUAUCAAUCACUCUGAUGUGGAAGACCUAGUACGAUGGGUCAGUCGACGAGAUCCCCCGAGCGACGGUGAAAGACGGAAAGACGGCGACGUAGUGGAAGCCAAAGAGGACAGUGGUCACGAGAGUCUUGGCACGUCAGAUGUUGAUGAACUUGUUCGCUACGCCAGUAGAAAGUCAGACACGAAAGAAGACGACGCAUUCAAUGAUAGACAUACGGGGUAUAGCGAUGUAUCUACUGAAUCCGACAGCGAACUCAAAGAGGGAUCCUCAGAUGAAGAGGAGGACGCCGACGACCUUGUACGCUGGAUAUCGCAUCGCGACGGACCCAAAGCCGGGCCUGUGCGCAGGAACCUACAACGACCUGAACUGGACUCCGAUGUAGGAGAGCACUACGAUUCCGACGUGCCAGAGCUAGGCCGCUGGUUCAAGCGCCACGACGGCACCAGCGGCGAGUCUGCAGCUUCUACGCCUGUCAAGGAGACUUUUGACGAGAUUGACGAAGAGGAACAGCGAGGCCGCCCAAGAAGUCGCGAGUCAAUCGAACCAAUCAAGGAAAAGAGGCACAUCACUGAUGACGAUGUUGGCGAACUUGUACGCUGGGUGAGCAGAAAAGACUCCAAACAGCAAGAAUCACCAGCACCCGGAAGCGGUAACCCAAUUGAUCGUCUAAAGCAAGAAGAGGAAGAGAAGCAGCAACAAAUUGGCAUGAGUGUCGACGAUGGCAGUCUCUCCCAUGUUGAUCUACCGGACAUUGUCGAACAUGCGCGGAAAACGAGCGGUGACGCGGCUAGUUCCCCACCACCAGCACCAUUUGGAGCUGAAACUGGUGAUCUGCGAGUUCUGAGAGACGAAAAGACAAAAGCGGGUACCCCGGACCGCGACUCUCAACGGGAUCUCAACGGCCAGAGAGAAAGUCUCGACGAAAAGAAACAAGAGCUGGGCAUGAGCCUUGACAAUAAGAGUCUGAGUCACAGUGACGUGCAAGACCUGAUUGCACACGUAAGGAAGAACUGA